ACAAAACGGAUGUCCGUGACCUAAGCUGUCCGGUUGUUUUCAUGUAUUGCUUCAAUUAUUCUUGAAACAGUACUUCUCUCUUCAUAUCCCAGCAUUGCAAGUUGGAUGUACUUAAAGUUUUAAUAAUGUCUGCGUUUGAGGAGCAGAUAAGCUCCAUUUUGGAGAUCAUGGUCAAAGCGUCGGUCACAGAAAUUACCAAAGUUAUGGCGGAUAUGUCCGAUUCAUCGGUCCCACAAGUACCAGCUGUGACAGAAAACACACACGAAACGUCAAAACAGAAGGUUUUCGAGCUGAACGUCAUCAUGACCUCUCUGGCCACGGACGUGGUUGAGAAGAUCUGCCUUCUGUUCCAUGAGUGCUCCUCUCUGCUCAGAUUAGAAGUGGCCCAGGGAGACGCAGAGAAGGAGGAGCUGAAGAGGAGGCUGGAGGAGGUGAAGGCUGAGCUGAGCGUGGAGCAGGAGAGCAGGGAGGUCCGCGGGGGCCAUUGGACCAACGGCCUCCUCUGCACAGGAGCGGAUCAGGAGGGAGGCAAGGAGGUGGGGGAGGAGGUGGCGACAGAGGUGGUACACGCACAUCGUCGCGUCGGAAGGAAGUCUCGCCGAGUAUCUAUCGGGAUUGCAGGAGUGAAGCGAUCACCGAUUCUUCACCUCUGGAAGGGCAGAGCAUACCAGGACAAUGUGCGACCAGCGCUGAUAAAGGAGGAGGACCUGGGGUCAUUCCCAGACCAAGCGUCUCCAGAUUCAGUUCAGUACCAAGAGGACCAAGGCCUGGACGAUGGCAAUGACCCGGACUACCAGGCAGAGGCAGAGGAGGAAGGGGACCCGGUGUACAUCCAGGGGAGGACGGCACGGGUAGUGCGGGCCAAGGCCCGUCGGGGGAGGCCCAGGCGGGACGGCCCGGGCUCGGGCCAGCAGCCCCUGAGCUGUAAGCACUGCCACAAGACCUUCAGCAAGAGGCUCCAGCUUAAGGCCCAUGAGGCGGUGCACGGGGCCAACGCCGAGAAGCCCUUCCAGUGCCUUCAGUGUGGGCGGGGCUUCUCCUUCGAACGCAGCCUCACCGCGCACAUGCUGCUCCACACAGGCGAGCGUCCGCACGUCUGCGACGUGUGCGGCAAGGGCUUCACCCUGAAGCAGCUGCUCAGGAACCACCAGCGGCUGCACUCGGAUGUGCGGCCGUACCACUGCGACCAGUGCAACAAGACCUUCUACCGCGCCCACGGCCUCAAGAUGCACCAGAUGGUGCACACGGGCGAGCGCGCCUACAACUGCAAGUUCUGCGACAAGCGCUUCACCAUCGCCGGAAACCUGCAGCGGCACCUGCGCAUCCACACGGGGGAGAAGCCCUUCAGCUGCGAGACGUGCGGCAAGAGCUUCAACCAGGCGGACACGCUGAAGGGGCACCAGCGCAUCCACAGCGGCGAGCGCCCCUUCGGCUGCGACACCUGCGGCAAGUGCUUCAUCCAGAAGAGCGCGCUGAAGAUGCACCAGAAGACGUCGCACGCGGGCUCCGGCGCGCUGCCGUGCGUGGCGUGCGGCGCCGUGCAGGCCUGCGUGGACUCGCUGCGCGCCCACCUGCAGACGCACGCCGCCGGGCUCCCGUGCGCGUGCGUGCUGUGCGGCGUGCGGCUGGGCUCGGUCGCGGAGCUGCGGGCCCACCAGCAGCACCACACGGUGGAGAGGCCCAACAGCUGCGGCCUGUGCGGGAAGAGCUUCAAGUCGGCCAGCUACCUGAAGAUCCACAAGAAGACGCACAGCGGGGAGCGGCCCUUCUCCUGCGCCAUCUGCGGCCGAAUGUUCACGCAGCACAGCAGCCUGAAGUCGCACCAGGUGGUCCACACGGGGGAGAAGCCGUUCAGCUGCGCCACCUGCGGCAAAUGCUUCAGCAACUCGGGCAACCUGAACCGCCACCAGCGCAUCCACACGGGCGAGAAGCCCUUCAGCUGCGAGCAGUGCGGCCGCAGCUUCAACCAGGGCAACAGCCUGAAGGCCCACCUGCAGAUCCACACGGGACAGAAGCAGUACAUGUGCGACAAGUGCGGCAAGAGCUUCGCCUACCUGCGCAACCUCAAGGACCACAAGUGUCUCUACUCAACCUGAAACUCACCGACGGGACACAAGGGGGAAGCAAAUGUAGCUGGUAAACCGAUGGCUGUAUGGACGGACGGAUGGACGGAUGGAUGGGCGGAUGGAAAGAUGAUUGAAGAGAUGAAUGGCCGGACAUAUGAGUUGGAUUGAGAGCUCUGUGGUUCAAUAAAGGGAGCCGCUGCUUUUCUCCUCACUGCAGCUUGCCUUCCACGCUGGCAGAGUUGGUUCUGUUGGACCUGUGCUGGUGGUAAAAGUGCACAUGGUGGAGCUGAGCGUGGCAGAUGAAUUCGCUCUUGUGCUGUGUGAAUACACAGUGUUGCAAAGAGUAAUCAAACAACAAGUCACUAGAGUUUCAGAAGACGGGGAUGCACAUCGUUACUGACUAAACUCUGGAUUUAGAUUCCUUUUAUAUUUAAAGAAGUCUUUGUGUUUAGCCUACCAGACUGUAGACGUUUUAGCAUGGCAGUCCUACCGUAAAACUGAAUGUGUGCCUCACCUUUUCAUUUUCUAUCAGAUCAACAGUUAAGAAAUUCCGUGGUUUAUUAUUUUAUCGUGCUAUUGGUUUAUGAUGGGUCUGACUCACUGACAAAUUUUUUACACAUUGUAUAAAAAUAGUUCUGUGAAAAUCAAUAGAGUGGAGCCAGCCAGGGGAUGAGAGGGGUUUUAUGAGGGUGACCACACUGGACAUGAUUUACCGAGGAACAAGGAACAUAUGGGCAGAGAUACCUCAACACAAGAUGGCCGACAGGCUUUCCUCACUGGAACAGAAGAGUGCUCCAACUGAUGAGACGGGAGCUGAGUAUUGUGUGUUUAUGAUGAUGGGGGAACAGGCCACUAUGUGGAGAUAUUGGGCUGUAGGGUGAGACUCUUUUUCCAUGAACUGUGUACUGGCUGGGACAAUUGUCUAUUGGGACAUUGAUCGAGUAGAUACAGGUCAAAGUAUUUGUCAUCGUUACUGACUUGGUGACUAAUUUAGCAUUUAAAAUGCUUCACAAAACACAGACAUAUUAGAGGUUUAUGGAUUGUUUUUCAAUAAACAAAUUUAGGAAACAUCCAUAAAUUAAAAUACUAAAAAACUAAAGAAUGUAAAGGUUAAUAAGCGAACUUGUAACCAAGUGUAAUUUCAUGUGAACACUAAUGAAUGGCACAUUUAAAAUGAACACUAAAGAAUAUAUUUGCUGUCAAAACUGUCUAAAAUUGUCCAUAUCUGGAAAUCCCUCCCUUAUAAUAUUUUUUCGUGGCCAAGUAUUUCUGUGAUACAGAAGUACAACAGGCAAUAUGUUUAGACUUUUGAAAAAAUUAUAGUAAAACUGAAGAAAAAAAAAGUAAAAGACUUCAAACUGA